AUGGAUUCAACAACUCAAUUAAUUACAAUUAAAUUGAACGUUACUAAGAAAGAUUCAAAUGAUGGUGUAAAGAAUAUUGAUAGAGUCAUUCAUGUUAAUAAAAAUGAUUUCAUGAAAAUCAAUUCAGAAUCAUCAUUAAUUGAUUAUUUAAAUGGAAAGAAUUUAAAUUUAUUGAUUUCAAAAGAUGUUGAAAAUGUUGAGAUUACAAGAAAAUCUAAAAAACAUAAGUGUUUUAUACCAUUAAGUAGUGAAGAAGAUUUUAAAUCUCUUCAUAGAAGUUUAAAAGUUAAAAAUCAUGUUAAAUUAAGCAUUAAAGAUAAAACUCCUGUAAGUAGAGAAGAUAAAAAACUGAAUGAAUUUAAUUUUGAUUUAUCUGCUGAUUUAGCUAAACUUGGAGAUGCAUUAUUAGAAACAACUUUGGAACAUUUAAAAGAAUUUUUUUCAAAUAAUAAAAUCAAUUUGAACAAAAAUUAUGGAUUUGGUAGUAGCUUUGGAAAUGCACCACCAACAACAACAACAACAUCAUCAUCAACAGAGGAAUCAACAGCUGAAAAAGCAACAUCAGCCAAAGAAGAGGAAGAAGAAGAAACACAAGAGGAGCAACCUAUCCAUUCGAGAAUUUGUUGUGAUAAAUGUAAUCCAAUAGAAUUUAUCCCAAUCAAAGGUGUUAGAUAUGCUUGUUUAAUUUGUAAAGAUUAUGAUUUAUGUUCCAAAUGUGAAUCUAAACAACAAUCUUAUAAAUUGGAUUAUGGUGCACAUUCUUAUCUUCAUCCAAUGGUUAAAAUUACAACACCAUCAGUUUUACAAUCUAAUUUACAAUCUGAAUUUAAAAAUAAUCAUUAUUUCCCAAAUCAUGAAUUUUUUUCAACUUCAAGACAAAAUAAUGAUAUUAUUUAUGAUGUUCCAUUAGCUGAUUGUUCUUUAAAAAAUAGAGAAAAAUUGGAAAAUUUAUUAGUUACAAGAGGGUUAAAUGAUUUUGUAAAUAAUGUUGAUACUUUUAUUGAUAAAAGUGAUAAAUAUAAUGCACUUUUGGAUUUAGUUGAUAAAAAAGAUGACGAUGAGAAGAUUAGUUAUAUUAAAGAAUUAUUAGCUAAAGCAUCAACUGAUGAUAAUGUAUCAGAAAAUGCUACAUUAAUCAAUGUUUCAUCAUCUGGUCAUUCAAAUGAUAAAUUGAUAGUUCAGUUAGUUAACAAAUCCCCAUUUUCUAUUGAAGAAGCUGAUUUGAAAUUAAAAUUAGAUAACGAAAAUGGUGUUUAUGGAUUCAAUAAAACCAAUUGUGACAUCAAACAAGAUCAAAUUAGAAAUUAUACCGCAACAAAAAUUGAUCAACAAGAAGAUGAAGAUGUUGAUUCAUUUGACCAAUCUGUGUGUGAUAUGGAAAUUGAUGAAACUUCAAGUGGAUUAACAUUUAAAGAAAUUAAAGAAAUUAAAGAAAAUAAAGAAAAACCAUUAACAUUAGUUACAGAAGAAUCAAAAGUUAAAUAUACAAUGAAAUCUGAUAAUUUAAUGCAAAUUGAAAUUUUUAAUAAUUCAAAAAAUAUUAUUGAUUGUGAUGGAUUAAAUAUUUUAGUAUUUAAUAAAGAUGAAACAUUAAUUUCAGAAGUUAAUAUUAAAAAAAAUCAAGGUAUAAAAAUUGGUAAUAGUAAUAAAUUUAAUUUAACUUUAAAUUUAAAUCAUAAUCAAAAUGAUGAUAAAAAAAUUCCAUAUAAAAUUAUUAUUAAUAAUGAUGAAUUUUCAUCAAUUGGUUAUUUUAUUUCAAAUGAUUCAACAAUUGCAAUUUUAAAAGAAUUAAUUGAUGAUGAAGUUGAUUUAUUACAAAAUUUACAAGAUUCUACAACUAGUACAACAACAGAUAAUUAUCAAACAUCAAGUGAACAUUCAAUUGUUUUACCAAAAGUUAUUACAAAUAGUAAAUUAAUUGAAAUUGAUGAAACUACAAAAUUAUUAAAUUCUAAAAGUAAUAAUUCUAGUAAUAAAGAUGAUGAUGAUGAUUUUGAAAUGAUGAAUUAUGAAAAAGAUCAAGAAGAGAAAAAUUUAAUUGAUGAUGAUGAUUAUGAAAUCUUAUCUGCAGUUAGUACUGAUGCUGAAGAUGAUUAG